CCCGCUUCGGCCGGUCAAGUCCCUUUCAACUACGACGACGACUCGGUAAACUUCCUUUAUUCCCUCCCUCUAUACACACCUCUGACCACUUCACAGUCCAUCCCUCGCAGUGUCUCAGCUGCCACUCCCAGCGCCACCGCCACGACGAGACUGGUCCAUCCCAAGCCCAGAUCACCACCUUGUCCAGCCGACUUCAUUAACCGCCACAGCUUAUCAGGCGGACCGGCAGAUGUGAAUCCCUACAAUAUCCUCAAUAGACAGGGCGUCUUUAAAGCCAGCGCCCCUAUCCCCUCAUUAUACCUUACUCCCGCUCACACUCCAUCCAGAGACCUCACAACCCCCGUCGUGAAUGGAAAGAUCCUCAAGCGCAUCCCCAAGCCCGCCAAGGCCAAGGACGUGGACGCAUCAGACUGGUAUGACUCCCUCCACGAGGCGCCUGCCCCCUGGGGCGGGCACGACCACACAAAGCCCAUGUUCCAAUACAACAAAGAGGGCGAGCUACAGCCGCAUCUGCGCUUCACCCGUGAGCAGAUCCUGUACUACAUCAGGGAGCGGAAGCAGCGAGGUCUCCCGCUAACCCUGUGGAUCCAAAACGUCCCUCACGGCUGCAAGACGCGAGUGGGCGACGACAGACUACGCGCGUGCCGCUGGUCAGGCUGCCCGGCCUACAAGGGCACCAUCCUAAAGGGCUUCUGGCGCGUCUGCUUCGACGAGCGGCCCGAAACCUCGGGGAAGCAGCACGAUCCGUAUCACAAUGCGGGCUACAUGCACUUGUGGUGUAUGGACCGUUGCUUUGAUCUUCUCGAGAUUGCCCAAGCAUUUGACCUGAAGCCUGAUACCCGCUACUUUGAAAAGGAAGAGCGCAACCCCAUGGCCAUGACCCGUGAUCACGACGAGCUGGUGAUGGAGUUUGAAGAUUGGCGCACAUCCCAGCAGGCCGCCUACGAAGAAUGGCAAAGGUCAUCAGAGACCAACAAGAUGAUGGGACUCCCCGUCCAGAACCGCCAGGUGGGCCGAGAAGCCAAGCUGUGGUACGUGCUGACGACCAAGCACCUGGCGCUGGAGACUCCAGUACGGAGCAACAUGCGGAAGAAGAGAAACGGCAUUUCCAUUGAUAAGCACAAGGGCGAUCUCGACUGGUACGUCGAGAGAAUCAACGAGAAAAAGGUUUCCAAAAAGGGGCACUCCGUCAUCGAGGAGCUCGAUAGUGACGACGAAGAGGGCAGACAGACUCCUGCGAGCAGGGCAGUCCGUCCGAGUAUUGCUAAGAGAAAGCGCGAAGAAUACGAGUUUGACGACAAUGACAACGCCUCUCAGUGCCAGACUGCCACUUGGAACAAACGUGCGAAACAGUCG